UUUUUUGGAUGUUUUUGGGUUCUACUGGUCCAACGUGUAUAACUAUGACACUCUAGAUCUACUUUCAAGACUCAUCUUAAUGCAUUUUACUUGUGAUGUUUGUACAAUAACUUAACUCGUUUAAUCUUUUUUUCCAUGUCUAGGUUGCGCACAUAGAGGAGAUACCAAGAGUCUUUGCAUGAAAAGUGUAUGUGUUAUCGUGAUUCACAUCCUCAAGCUCCCCACAGCUAGACAGCUCCCUGUGAGGCUUGGCAAAUAGUAUCUGGUCCUGAGAAGUGUACAUAGAAAAUGAAGGGUGGACAAUCUAGUAGAUUUUGGGGACGGCACUCUUCUCUUACUCUGGCUGCUCUUUUUUUGACGACUAUAUUUUUCUGGUCUUGGGAGAAUAAUCCACUUCUUACCAGUCUCUUAUCAGCACAAGAGCAAUUCUUGAUGCAUACCUCAGUGGAUCAUUUUCAUGAUACAUCACUAUUAUCAAAUCCCUUGGAGCUAGAGGAAGAUUCAGUCUCUCAACUUCCCGAAUAUACAGAAGAUGGCAUUACAAUAAAACCUUCUGAAAGUGAUAUGGACGAGAUGACAACACCAGUCUAUGAGAGGAAAGAUCAGAACAGGGUUUCAGAUUCUCAUAUAAAGAAGCGAGCUUGUGAUUAUGGCAAAGGAAGAUGGGUUGCAGACAACCGGAGACCCUUAUAUUCAGGGUUAGGGUGCAAGCAAUGGCUAUCUGAUAUGUGGGCUUGUAGACUGACCCAGCGCACAGAUUUUUCUUAUGAAGGUUAUCGUUGGCAGCCAAAUGAUUGUGAGAUGCCUGAGUUUCAGGGUAGUGAAUUUUUAAGGAGAAUGCAGGACAAGACUAUUGCAUUUAUAGGAGAUUCACUGGGCAGACAACAAUUCCAGUCUCUUAUGUGCAUGGCCUCUGGUGGCGAGGAGAAGCCAGAAGUUGAGAGCGUUGAAUGGAAAUUUGGCCUUACCAAAUCGAAAGGAGCCAUCCGACCCGAUGGAUGGGCAUAUCGGUUUCCCGCUACCAAUUCCACUAUACUGUAUUACUGGUCAGCAAGUCUUUGCGGCAUAGAACCAAUAAACAUCACUGACCCAGCCACUGAAUAUGCCAUGCAUUUGGACCGUCCCCCAGCUUUUUUGGAACGCUAUCUCCCCCAGCUUGAUGUAGUGAUUCUCAACACAGGUCAUCACUGGAACAGAGGGAAGCUUAGGGCAAACAAAUGGCUUAUGUAUGCCGAAGGAAAGCAGGUCAUCAACAGAAAACUAGCUGAGAUGGGAAAUGCAAAAAAUUACACACUAUACAGCAUUGCCAGAUGGUUCGACUCACAAAUUCCUCUAUAUCCACACCUCAAGGUUUUCCUUCGAACAAUAUCACCAAGACAUUUUGCCAAUGGUGAGUGGAACACGGGGGGUAGCUGCAACAAUCUCUCCCCCUUAUCGAAGGGGAGUGAAGUUUUUCAAAAUCAAUCAAGUGACCCGGUUGUGGAAGAUGCUGUCAGUGGCACUAUGGUUAAGAUUUUGGAUAUAACUGCUCUUUCUGAACUUCGGGAUGAGGCUCAUAUAUCGCACUACAGCAGGAAAGCAUCGGAAGGUGUAAAUGAUUGCUUACACUGGUGCCUUCCAGGCAUUCCCGACACAUGGAAUGAACUGCUCUACGCCCAACUGUAAUAUAUACGGUCUUGUGAGACAAAAGGUGUCCAGCUGAGAACAAAAAUGCUACCGCAGCUACUGGUGUCGCGCUGUCUGAGAAAGUAACUUAUGAAUUCUGUUGUACUAAUAUUUUGUCAAAGAAAACGGGAAAGCUGCCCGAGUUACUUAACACCAUCAGCAAAGGGAUAGAGGUGCUGACUUGCAUAAGAGUAGCCACAUGGUUUUUUUAGCUGUAGUAGACUAUUUGUCAUUUUUUCUUCAUCUUUUUGGUGAAAAUUCAUUUAUUAUUAUAGGUAAAUAGUAUAGUUCCUAGAGUAGGUAAUAUACCUCAAUAUUUUUAACCCAUUGUAUUGCUAUUUAUCUGGAUCGUGUUCAAUAACUUAUUUGAGCAAAGAAAUGGACUAGUUGAUGUGAAA